CGCGUUGGUGUUCGGGGUGUGCAAGCUGGAACGGCGCAUUGCUCGAAGAUGCUUUGACGCUGUCAGCCGCAAAACUGUGUAACUGUCACGUAUGGCUCGGUGGUAGCACACUCGUUUCCAGGCGAAAAGUGGUGGUGUAGCAGACGACGGAAAAACGUGGUAGCAGACGAUUAGUAGUGCCACGCGGGGAAACCAGACGGAUACUUUAACGCCUGAGCCGCUUGUAGGCGGGACCACCUACCGCUGAGCAACACGACCACCGCACUCGGACUACCGCCGGCUACUCAACACCUCCUGACAAGGACAUAGCUGCAGCGAUGGACUCCGGCGCCAACUACACGUGCAGCGACGGGCUACUGCUGCCCUUCCUGGACGAGUCCAGCUGGUCGCGGGGUGGCCGCUCCUUCGUCUACCUGCUGGGUUUAAUCUACUGCUUCCUGGGCGUGGCCAUCAUCGCGGACGUGUUCAUGUGCGCCAUCGAGCGCAUCACUUCCAAGACGCGACGCCUGACCCUUUCGGCCCAGGUGCCCGGCGGCCAGCCGGACAUCAUAGAGGUCAAGGUGUGGAACGAGACCGUGGCCAACUUGACCCUCAUGGCGCUCGGGUCGAGCGCGCAGAUACUGCUGGCCAUCAUCGAGAUCGUGGGCAGCGGAUUCGUAGCGGGCGACCUGGGACCCGGAACUAUCGUCGGUUCGGCAGCCUUCAACUUGCUCGUCAUCACCGCCGUCUGCGUGGUGUCGAUUCCCGCCAACGAAAUCCGCACCAUACGUAUGAUCAAGGUGUUCGGCAUCACGGCGUUCUUCAGCGUGUUCGCGUACCUGUGGCUCCUGAUCGUGCUGAUGGGAUCGAGUCCCGAAAUCAUCGAGCUCUGGGAAGCCAUCUUGACGCUUCUAUUCUUCCCGCUGCUGGUCUUCCUGGCAUACGCGGCGGACACGGGUAUCUUCUGGCCUGGGGCUCGGAAGCGAAGCGCCCAGAAGCAGCUCGAGCUGCAGACCACGGCCGACAUCGCCAAGCACACGAACAACGCCGUCGCGCCGGCGACACCUGGCGGAGGACCUGCGCGCCGGGAGUUCUUCCCCAACGGCGAGCUCAACAGAGAGAACCUUCUAGACUUCAUACGGGAGAUCCGCAAGCACCCGGGGCUGACGGACGAGGACGCCGCGUGCCUGGCGGCGGCCAAGCUGGCCGAACAGCAGCACCACACGCGCAUGUGGUACCGGGUCGGCGCCAUCCGGGACCUGACCGGAGGCCGCCGCACCAGGCCCAGCAUCAACGAAAAGCUGCAGCACAAACUGGACCAGGAGGUGCGGGAAAUGUUCGCACUAGCCGCACAAGAUGAGUCCGACGCAAAGACUGCCGACGAAGUGGAGCAGGGCAAACUGCUGAAGCCCGUGCCCGAACCUGAGAACAAGAACGUGGCCACCAUCGAGUUCAACGCGAGCUCGUGCGCAGUGCUCGAGAAGGCCGGCAAAGUGGACGUGCUCAUACGGCGCAAGGGAAAGCUCGACUGCCCGGCCACUUGCAGGGUCGAGACCAUCGACGGCACGGCGUUGGCGGGCGAGGACUACAUGGAGCUGCGACAGAUGGUGAUGUUCCAGCCGGGCGAGACUCAGCGCCGCGUCACGGUGCAGAUCGUGGACGACAACCAGUGGGAGCCCGACGAGACGUUCUUCCUGCGCUUGUCGCUGCCCGCCAGUGCCGCCGGCGACGGAGCCGAGGUCGCCCUGGGUCGGAAGUCCGUCAUGGAGAUCACCAUCAUCGACGACGACCAGCCCGGCAUCUUCGAGUUCCGGCGCCGAGGUCUGCUGGUGCGCGAGAGUGUGGGCACAGCCCAGGUUGCCGUGGUGCGCACAAAGGGCGCCGACGGCACGGCGUACGUGCACUGGCGCACGCGCAGCCAGACAGCCAAGGACGGCGAGGACUUCCACGGUGGCGAGGGCAAGUUGGUGUUCGAGCACGGCGAGACGCUCAAGAACAUCGACAUCCCCAUCGUGGACGACUUCGAGGCUGAAAAGGACGAGCACUUCGAGGUCGAGCUGUUCGACGCCUCGCCCGGGUCCGGACUGGGACACCUCACCAAGACCACCGUCACCAUUACCAGUGAUGAAGAGUUCAACACCAUCGUCAACAGGCUGAUGCUGAUGACCAACACGAACGUGGACAAACUGAGACUGCACUCUGCCAACUGGGUGGGUCAGAUCAAGGACGCCAUGAACGUCAACGGCGGCGACAUCGAGAACGCCGAGACUGUCGAUUACGUCAUGCACUUCAUCACAUUCGGAUGGAAGGUUAUAUUCUCUCUGGUGCCGCCCACGGGUUUCAUGGGCGGCUGGCUGACCUUCUUCGUGUCGUUGGGGGCCAUCGGUCUUCUGACGGCAAUCAUCGGUGACCUGGCCGGCAUCUUCGGCUGUCUCGUGGGUCUGGAGGACACGGUGACGGCCAUCACGUUCGUCGCCCUGGGCACUUCCCUGCCCGACCUGUUCGCCUCCAAGGGCGCCGCCCGGUCGGAGAAGUACGCCGACAACGCCGUCGGAAACGUGACCGGGAGUAACUCCGUCAACGUGUUCCUCGGUCUUGGACUGCCGUGGGUCCUCUCGGCUGCCUACUGGCAGAUCAAGGGAGGUGUUUUCAAGGUUCCCUCCGGUUCUCUGGGCUUCAGCGUGGGCAUCUACUGCGCCGUCUCGAUAACCUGCAUCUCGCUGCUCAUGCUGCGAAGGAAGCUCGCCUUCUUCGGCAAGGCCGAGCUGGGUGGUCCCCGGCCAGCGGCCAUCGCCAGCGCCGUCUUCAUGGUCUUCCUCUGGGUCCUCUACAUCGUCCUAUCGGCUCUGAAAACGUACAAACACAUCUGAAGACUUACGGCCACGUAUACCAUCAUCAGCGCUGCUUAACUACGCACGAUAUUUCAGUGACGGUUCUUAAGGAUUGGAGUAUUGCCGUUUCGGGGUAUUCGUGGAACGUUUCUUAGCUGAAAGUUCCGCUUUGUGCGACGAACUACUUUAUUGGAGCGUAUGCAGUGUCACGUGACGUGACGUCAUCGAUUCGUACCUACCGCGAUCGCAGAAAUUCAGCAAAGCGUGGCGUCUGUUGCUUUCCGUCAGCUCACGCUAGAGGAACCUGGCUAUCGCAAGCAGUUGCACACGCCUUGCACGUUUGUGCGAGAAGAGCUAGAAAUUCUUUGCAGAGGCAUAGGAUGGUGACGUAGUCCUUCACAUUGAAAUCAAGUUUCGCGAAGUAGUUGUCGAAGAAGGCGCUUAGACGCGUUCUGAUUGGGUUAGCUGAUGGGAGAGUUCGUCCAUCGCGGUCGUUCGGUCUGCAUCCUCAGCACGGACGCCUUUCGCAGACGGAUGGUGUUCUGGCUUCAGAGUUGAUAUGGAGAGAUCGCCUUCUCCGUCCGCUUUAAAUGUUGCCUGCGAUUCUCGUUGUUGUCAUGUGAACGCCUUUCAUUUUGACAUCAAUUAUCAUGAUCAUAUAUACAUCUGCGAUCACUGAUUUUCUGAAGCUCGCUCUACUUCCUAUAUAAACACGCGGAAAGAUUUAGCUAGCACAAAAACUGCGCACAUAUCAUAUUUUCUGAUAAGCUUUUACGCCAAUGGCAGCGACGAGGCGACGUUAGCCCCAACUGACAAGGGGCACUAAUGCCAAAUUGACGAAGAGCUAUUUAUUAUAACACUCAGUUAGCUGCUCACACUUUUCCAGGGCGAGCAACCAAAUAGCUAGAUAGAGAAUAUAUGUCAGCGUACAUUAUACACAGCACAGAUAUUUCGAACAAAGCAAGCAACGAGUGCAAAUCACUUUUGUUGCAUGUGGAAAUAGCACAAGUGUUAAUGUUGUCAGUCCAGCGAUGCUAACAUGGCAAGAGCCAUUAAAAAACGAAGGCCUAUAAAAAUUAUGAUGACCGAAUGAAAGGAGAAGUUCAUUGUUUAAGUUGGUGGUAGCUGGUCUGUAUUGAGAGUUGCAAUUUGGACUAAAGGAAACAUCCCGAUCUCAAGUAUGUGGAGGUCAUACCGUGGCACAGUGCUAAAAUAUGCUGCUGCUUGAAAUCAAUCACGUCUUGGCGACGUCUGAUCAACCUCCAAAAGAACACCUGAUAGACAGUUGUCUAAAGCCAGUUUUCACAACCAUAUUCCACAUCUCAAGGUUGAACGAGAAGAAAAGCUUGCGCAGUAAUACCGGGGGCUUGAGGGCUUUCGCUUCGCUUCGUUCGGAACAACGGGUAAAAGAUUAGUAAACAGCCAGCGCACACAUUAAGAAUCAAUCAGUGCUUAAUUGUAUUCACUGAACACGUAUUCGACACUCGAUGAAGGAAGCACUGCGACUCUGCUAAACGCAACGUUAUCGAAAGUGUUGAACUGUUUACGAACGACUUCAAAAAUUGUUGUAUAGGUGCGCUUAGUGUAAUAAGGUACUCUUUACUCUGCAGGCUCAAUGAGAUUGCGUUGACUUUCGACAGAAUGUAUCGUGGAGGCUGUGGUCAAUGUUUCGUAGGCGAGUUUGGUGGAGGAGGUAUUAGGUUCGUGUGCAUGUCCGUGGAAGGAAGAGUCACGUUGAGUUUCGAUUGUUCAUCUGUUGAGUGAAUGUAUGUAUUUUCGCGGGGUAAGUUCGUUGAGAUUGUCUCGACUUUCGAUUACAUCCAUUGAAAACGCUUUGAGAAACUUAUUCAUGACGCACUUGUCGGUGUGAUGUGCCGGACCAUGGUGAAGAGCUUCCGCUCGCAAGUUCGAUUUUCGCCACAAUAUCUCGCAAAUUUCCCACGAAACGUUUCGUAGAUGUGUCUGGUGGAAGGACUAUCAGAAUCCGCCUUUCUCAUUUUCCUCUGCUGCCUUCUGCCUUUUUGGUAUGGAGGGAGGAGGGGGGUGGUGGCGGAGCUUUCAAGGGUUAUCCGGUCCGGAACAACCGGGGGCUCGCCAGAACAAUGCCUUCGAGAUCGAAGGUAGUGUGGAGACCCUACCACUGCGUUUCGUGACUUUCUGCCAGGGAAAGGGCGCAUGCGCUGUGGCAUUGUGAGGAAGGCGGAUUGUAGUGACAAGCGGGUGUUGGUGUGUGGUGGCAUGGCAUAUAUCUACUGAACGUACGUUGAAAAAACUGUCCCCAUUUCAGUGCAUGACAUCACUGAGGCAAUGUAUGACUUUUCGAUAUCUCUUGCACGGGAACUUGAAAACUGUUUUGUGGCGUGGUUGGCGAAGCAUCCAACGGACUAGUAGUAAUAGACUGUAUGUGUGAGGCUUGUUGACAUUCUACUGACUGUGCUGCGAGAGUACUUUUCAAAUGCAAGGUCCCUGUGAUUGCGUUUAUUUUCUGCCUAAAGACUUUGCAAAGACGAUGAUUCCUUGAUAGCAUGUUGUUCAUGUGGGGCCAGUGUGUGCACAAGGUCCCUCAAAGUGUGAUGAAGGCGCAGAUGGCGCGUCUACAAUUUGCUACAUGAUGCAUUCCUUAGAACAUUUGCGAAAUAGGUGUACCGUCUCAACUUAAAUCAACGCUAAGCAAGCUACCUUUUGCCAUUGCUCAUGGCGAAGUGUAUCAAAGUGUUCUUUGUAAGGGUGUGCGAAUAUUCGAAAAUGUCGACUAACGAAUUCAAUAGCGUCCUAUUCAAUUCGAUACUCGUAUCGAAUAGUGCAUACCCGAAAUACCAACUAUAGUUCGAAUAUUCUUCGAAUAAUGAGCAGCGAUGAAAAAUGCUUGGAGGAACGAUACGUUAGAACAGCGAGGAGCAACGUUUCCUAUUUUCGUCAUCGAAUUACCCAGAUGCAUGCAGCCCAUGUACUUACGGGACCAUCGACGCUAUAUAUGUUGAUCACAGGAUGAAGGCGUUUUUUUAUUAAGACUCAAGGGUCACCGAAGCGAACAGUGUCAUUAAUCCACUAUCUUCACGAUGAUGUGAACUCCGGAAAAUGGCCUAAUAUGUUGUCUAUCAGUUUCAUUUAAAAGCUAUUGACAAAGUAUCACCUUGAAUACUGUAGUCGCAGUUACAAAAUAUUUCUUAGGCUCUUGUUGCUGCCGUAUACCAGGUUGCCUCAGUGCAAAUAAUUGUGGUAUUUUUUGUCCGUUAAAAGUAAUCGUAAUGGCCCUUUGUUAAAUGUUCUGAAUAUUUCUUUCAAAUAAAAUGUUGUAGAAUUUUUGGGCUGUUUUGAAAAUUGUUACCUUUCCAGUCUAGGGCAUGCUUUGAAAAUGCUUGCCUUACUAUUCGAAAAGUAUUCAAAUAGUCUUUAAUUAGUAUCCGUAUACGAUUCGGUGUCAUCACUAUUCGAUUCGUAUUAGAUUCGGUUCUAAAAUUGACUAUUCGCACACCCGUAGUUCCUUGCUGUACGCUGAAAUCUCAACAAUGUAAGCGUAACCCAGUGUCCACAAGACGUGCUUGUUAUGUAACUUCUCGUUGUACGUAAUAGUAGAGGCCACAUUUGAAAGAAUGAAGGGGUUGCCGGCAACCUCGUUAGCAUUAGUAACUGCUCGUGCCACAUUAGGCCAUUGAAACAAAGUGUCACAGUUUAUUCAUUUUGCACAACUUUCUUAAUCACUUUCUGUGGCAGUUAUUGCCAGUGAUCGCAAGCGAGCAAAAGCACGAUGCACCCCACUUAAAGAAAUUAUUCUAUUUAUAUUCUCGCGAUAUAUCUUGAAUUCUGGCGACAUCAAAUUUACCUAACUCGCUUCCCUCGCAACAGAAAGGUGUACACGCACGCUCGUAGACCGAAGGGGGACCAUACUGGUAUUAUAUUGAGCACUUAUCCCCUUAGCUAUUAUUAUAUUGCGCACAUUUUUAACUGUAGAAGGUACCAUGGAAUGAAUUCCAGAACCAAAAUAAAUUAAGAAAUAUGACAAAUCUAGCGACUCCCACUGUAGCUGUCAAGAAUACUCUCGUUUUUCAGGUGUAUGAGUAGUAGCGAGAAAUAAUAGACAUCUUAUGUAUACUCCCGCAAAAGGAGUAAUCAGGACUCCUGUUUUGAGUGUGUAACGUAGACGGCAAGAACUGACCUUCUCGGUGCCAAUUUCACAGUGAUCUGCGUCACUGAUAAAUUAGCUACGCUCAAACGCAUCUGCCGAUCACUGUCGUCACAAUCUCUGACGUCGAUCCUUAUAUUUCAACGCUGUCAUUAUUUCCAGGAAAGCAUUGAUAUCUUGUUUGUUUUUGUCUUGUUUCCAUUUCACAGCUCUUCUUCUACGGUGCAGGGUAUUUGUACACUUCAGUGUUAAAGGCGACUUCAUCUUGUACAUAUGUGUUCUACCAUUCAUGCGUCGCUUUCCGUACGUGUGCUCAUAAACGUUUGUUCCUUCACUUGUA